CCAACUCUGAAAUCGACUGCGACCUCGGCACAUACUCUUACACAAAUGCCAGCUCCUGCGUCGUCUGCGACGCUGGGUACGAAUGCCCCAACACCGACGGAUCCGACAUGCGAGAGUGCAUGCCCGGGAAUACAGUACAAGCGGCAGUGCCGCCUGCCUUAGCUGUGAAGCGGGAUACCAGUGCCCCGAUCCUACGUCGAGCUAUAAAGAACCUUGUAAUCCCGGACUAUACUCGAUCGGUCAACAAGCUGCAUGUACAGGAUGUCCAGCUGGAUCAUUCUGUCCAGUAACAGUGGCAGCGACAGAGAUAUUUUGCGAUCCAGGCUACUACUCCCUUGGCAACGCUUCUGUUUGUACACCUUGCCCAGCUGGGUAUAAAUGCCCGAGCACAUCAGAGGCUCCGACCGACGACGACCGGUGUGAACCAGGUACCUAUUCACUCGGUACCCAAGCCGCUUGCACCGACUGUCCUCCUGGCUUCUUCUGCUCGGAUGUAACCAGCGAUGAGACACCAUGCGCCGAAGGAUACUACAGCUCCAUUAGACAGGUCAACUGCACCAUCUGUGAGGCAGGGUACCAGUGUUCAUCGACAAAAACUCCUGUUAUCUGCCCGCCCGGGAAGUGGUCUCCGGAGGGGUCCGUCUACUGCCGAGAUUGUUCGAGAGGGUAUACCUGCGAUGAGGGCGCUACGAGCUGGGCUCCGGAUGCUGAUAUCUGUGAACCUGGGGGAUGGUGUGAUGGAACGGAUCGCUUUGAUUGUCCUUUGGGUACCUACAACCCCAACAACGGUUCUAAGACGGUGGCCGAGUGCAGAGCCUGCCCACCAGGUUUCUAUUGUGACACGGCUGGAUUAGUAGACUAUUCAUCUUUCAACUGUCCCACCGGACACUAUUGCCCAGAAGGAACAACUUACUCAACACGCUUUCCAUGUCCUGGCGGUACUUACAAUGAUCUUGUCAACCAGUCCUCAGAGGUUUUGGCCUGUCAGACAUGCCCAGCUGGAUACUAUUGCCCUGAGGGAAGUUCUGCUGCAGAGGAUGUCUGUCCAGCUGGAUUUUACUGCCUAGCUGGCCAGUAUUCAGGCUUUCAGAAUCCGUGUCCACUUGGAACCUAUGGCCCGGAUGAAGGGUACGAGAACAUGACCCAGUGCGUCGACUGCCCGGCAGGUCACUACUGUCCCUAUGGGAGCGACAACUCGCCCACGACUGCCGCCGUCGCCUGCGAGCCAGGGACGUACAACCCUGAUGAAAAGUCUGGCCAUGCCUACAACUGUCGGCUUUGUGAUGCAGGAAGAUCCUGCCCAGUUCCCGGGCUGACCAACAGCUCCCAUCCUUGCAAAGAAGGAUACUACUGUCCGAAUGGAACCAUCACUGAUGACCAGUUCCCUUGUGGUGAAGGGUCGUACACGGGCUCAACCAGCUUGACCUCUCCCGAUGAGUGCUCACCGUGCCCGGAAGGAACCUAUUGCUCAUGGGGAACAGGAGAAACAAUCAACCCACCUAAGCCCUGCAAGCCUGGCUAUUACUGCCCGCUACAGACCCCCAGCCCUGACCGUUACCCAUGUCUGGCCGGAACGUUCUCCUUCUCGUCCAACCUCUCCAGAGCAGACCAGUGUGAUCCAUGUACUCCUGGCUAUUAUUGCCUCGGUGGAGGAGCAACAGAAGACGAUGUAUGUCCUCCCGGGUACUACUGCCCAGAAGGGACAGAGUUUGCUGAGCAGUAUGGCUGCCCCAACGGGACCUACAACACAGAGUAUCAAAGACACAAUGUAUCACAGUGUAUGACCUGUCCACAAGGUUCUUAUUGUGAGUACGGUGCAGUCAACCCUAUUGAAUGCCCUGCCGGUACCUACAUGCCUUACGGUGUGGAUACCAACGGUACCCUCUACGGUUCACCAGCCAAAUACCAAGACAACUGCAUGGACUGCCCUGGCGGUUCCUACUGCAACGCCAACACCGUAUAUCCGUACGAUUGCGGUACCGGGACCUUCUCUAAGCCGGGGAAGAGCAGUUGCGAGACAUGCGAGGCGGGGUACUACUGCGACAACGUGACGACUUCGUACACCGAUAUGACGACGAACAAGCGGUGCCCGGCAGGGUUGUACUGCACCACGGGUCUUAACGCCUUGGAUGAAGCGGUGAAUUGCAGCGUCAGUCACUACUGUCCUGAAGCCACGCCCGAGGAGCUCAACUGCCCUGUCGGUACCUACAAUCCCUCUGUCGGCAUCGGUGCCAUCACUGACUGCACCGCUUGUGACGCCGGCUAUUACUGCUUGGAGGGUAUCUCAACACCGACGGCGCCGUGUAGUGUGGGCUUCUACUGCCCAACCAACAUUGCCAAUGUUUAUGCUUCCUCACCGCCGCUCAUCGGAUCGUAUGGACCAGAACAGGUUGCUUGUCCGGCGGGAACUUACCGAGACACCACAGGAGCUCGCUUUGUAGAGGACUGCAUCCCUUGUCCAGCUGGGGAAUACUGUACACAGGGCAUUGCCAAUGGUAUCGUCUGCCCUCGAGGGUACUACUGCCCGGACAACUCAACUGCGCCCGUCCCUUGUGCUGCUGGCCGAUACGGAAAUGAUACAGGUGCUCAAGCAUUGACCGACUGUCCGCUCUGUGAUCCUGGGUGGUACUGCGACGCUCCGGGUCUCCAGACCCCCCGGGCCCAGUGCGAUCCGGGUUACCUGUGCUACGAAGGGGCGUACACUUCCACCCCGACGGAUGGGGUUACGGGAGAGCUGUGUCCUGCCGGAGGCUUCUGUGUGACAGGCUCAUUCAUCAGUGCGCCCUGUCCACCGGGAACCUAUAGUAAUGUCUCAGGAGCUGUCGAUGCGCAGGGAUGCGAGGACUGUGACCCAGGAUUUUACUGCAGCAACGCAAGAACUCCAGAACCCACUGGGCCGUGCAACCCCGGGUACUACUGUACCGGUGGAUCGAGUACGCCUAACCAGACGGUCACGCAGCCGGGAUACUACUCACCCUCCGGAUCCACGCAGCCAUUCCCCUGUGCUCAGGGCACCUACAUGCCCUUCGACAGGGCCGGGUCCUGCUUGACCUGUGAGGCGGGGUACUACUGCGAGGAAGAGGCCAUGACCAACAUGACGAGAUGUCCAGCAGGUGCCUACUGCCCCGAGGGUUCGAUUGUCUACUCUCUCUGUCCUACCGGGACCUACUCCAACCUCACCUAUCAAAUCCACGAAGACAACUGUACGAUCUGCCCUACUGGUUACUACUGCGAUGAUCGGGGCGCCAUCCAACCGACGGCCAAGUGCUCUGCUGGCCAUAUCUGCUAUCUUGGAGGUCUCUACGCUACUCCAGUCUACAACAAUGAUUCCUCAGAUGGUCAAGUCAUAGUGACGUGGGGUGACCAAUGUCGCACCGGUCACUACUGUCCACUAGGAACUACCCUGAUGGUAGAAUGUCCCCCAGGAACCUUCCUGACCUACCAAGGAGCUGCGUCGAUCGAUGAAUGCGUUUCCUGUAAUCCUGGGAAGUACUGCGAGAUGGCCGGUGAAUCACAAGAAACAGGUGACUGUUUCGAGGGUUACUAUUGCAUCGGUGGCGCUGUACGAGGUGAUCCGCAUGACAACGUGACUGGUCAGAUCUGUCCUGAGCGGUACUACUGUCCCUUGGGGUCGUCUGUUCCGAUCGUGUGCGAGGAAGGGACGUACUCCAAUACGACCGGCCUCUCAGCUUGUCUAGAUUGCCCGGCUGGAAUGUACUGCCAGCCAGAUAAUGACCCAGUGCCCUGUCCACAAGGUUUUUACUGUUUGGGUGGAGCCAGUUCGGGCAACGAUCCUAGGCCUUGCUUGAAGGGUUACUUUGGAAACAGAGAAGGGCUGAUAGCUGAGUCAGAGUGUACUGAGUGCCUUGCAGGUCACUACUGCGAAGAGGAUGGCCUGGCUAACGUGACCGGUCCCACAGCUGCUGGCUUCUACUCCAAGCAGCUGGCCUAUCAAGCUGGUCCUUUUGAUAUCACCACCAGCACUGAUUACAGUGUAUGUCCCUUGGGAUACUACUGCCCUGAGGGAAGCGGAUACCCGACACCUUGUCCUAAGGGACGAUUCGGUGCUACGCAGCAGCUGGAGGCUGAGACCGACUGCACGCUCUGUACUGCAGGUGAAUACUGUCCAAACACCACAAUGACAGCCACAGCUGGACAAUGUUCUCCGGGAUGGUACUGCAUUGAAGGUGCCACUAAGAGUAUGCCUACAGACCCCGCUGAGGGAGGAGAGUGCCCAACUGGUCAUUUCUGCGUCGCCGGGUCAGACUCGCCGUCACCGUGCAUCGCCGGAAGAUACAACAACGAGACGGGCCGCUUCAAUUGUCGCAGCUGUCCCAUCGGGUUCUACUGCACUCAGAACACGACGGUACCCGAGGAGUGCAAUCCAGGUUACUACUGUCCUCUAGAGACGGCGACAUGGGACGAGCACCCGUGCCCUGAAGGGACGUUUAACAACCUGACUGGACGAUCGGAAGAGAGCGAUUGUAUUCUUUGUUCACCAGGCACAUACUGCGAGCUGCCCGGCCUGUCCGCCCCCACCGCCGAAUGCGACGAGGGCUGGUACUGCAUCAACGGAUCUCAGUUCUCUAAACCGACCGACCCGUCCCAGGGCGGUCAGUGUCCAGUGGGUCACUACUGCCCCCAGGGAUCGGUCUACCCGACCUCCUGCCUGCCAGGGAUGUACUGCGAUGUGGUGGAGCUGGCCUACCCAGCCGGGAACUGCAGCGCUGGGCAUUACUGCACGGGUGGAGCAGAGACGCCGAGCCCCGAUGGAGUUGCAUCAGGUGAUGUGUGUCCGAGUGGUCACUACUGUCCAGAAGGAAGCGAAGAGCCACAGGAAUGUCCACCAGGGACAUUCUUGAAUACAACACAAAAUCAAGCCCUGUCCGACUGUCUGGAUUGCCCUGCGGGUAUGUACUGCUCAGGAUACGCCAACAGUCACCCAACGGCUCAGUGUGACCAAGGCUACUACUGCCCUUCUGGACAGAACAUCUCUUCUCCGUACGAGUACCGCUGCCCCCAGGGACAUUACUGUCCUCUCGGGAGCCCGGAGGCGAUCCGUUGCCUCUCGGGUUAUUACCAGGACGAGGAGUUCCAGGAGGACUGUAAGACGUGUCCUGCGGGAUUCUAUUGCGAUAAUCGCCUGGAGCCGGUGGUCCUCUACCAGAACUCGACGUGCCCCGAAGGUUCCUACUGCCCGGCUGGGACCCGUUAUCACAAUGAAUUCAAGUGUCCUCUCGGGACCUUUAGCAAUGUGACUGGUCUCAACAUGAGCUCUCAGUGUAGCCCUUGUACCGGAGGCUUCUAUUGCGGAGAGUUGGGUCUGACUGAUGCCACUACACCUUGUGCUGCUGGGUAUUUCUGCCGUCAGUAUGCUGAGAUAAGUACGCCCAACCAGACGACCGAUGCCAACGUUUGUCCGGCUGGUUUCUACUGUCCCGAGGGAACGACUGAGCCAGAGGCAUGCCCACCGGGAACCUACUCUGAUGUCCUCCAGAAGGAGAGCGAGGAUCAGUGUCUAAACUGUACCAAAGGUUGGUUCUGCAAUGACUAUGGUCUCACUGAGCCAUACGGUGAAUGCUAUGAGAGUUACUACUGUCCUUCGGGAUCCUCUAGACCUGAUCAAGUCGAGUGCCCUGCAGGAUAUUACUGUAUGAAUGGAACGUUUGAUCCGACUCCUUGCCCUGCAGGUCGUUAUUCCAAUGACACCAUGAAGGCCUCUGCUACAGACUGCUACCCGUGCACUGGAGGGACGUACUGCGAGACAGAUGGUCUAACAGAACCUACAGGUCCCUGUGGCGAAGGAUAUUACUGUCCACCCGGUACUGUCCAUCGAGAGCCCAACGACACCUUCUGUCCAAUCGGUCACUACUGUCCGGAGGGAGUGUCCUACCCGAUACCUUGUGCCAACAAUACCUACGUGAACUACACCCAUGCUGCCUCCUGCAACCCAUGUCCUGCAGGAUUCCACUGCCAGUCUGCAGGUGUCCAGGAGAUAUGUCCGGCGGGAUACUUCUGUCCCGAAGGAACAGGUUAUGACAUCAUGGCAUGUCCCAGAGGUACCUACAGUGACCAGGAAGGACUCUAUGAGGUCGGCCAGUGCCUUCCCUGCACGGCGGGAUACUACUGCGAGCAAGAACAUCUCGAUUGGCCUACAGCCGAGUGUGACCCUGGGCAUUUCUGCGUCUAUGGCGUUGACCGCGCCCAGCCGGACGGGAACAACGACACGUGUCCUGCAUCGAACAACGCAUCGUGUGCAUACUAUGAUGCACAUCAGACGGGUUAUGGAGGUGUGUGCCCUGUAGGACACUACUGCCCUCAAGGUACUACCUUGCCAAUACCUUGUCCGAAUGGGACGUAUGCUGCCAGCGAGGGGCUCGCAGAGUGUGUAACUUGUGAAGAAGGCUACUACUGUCCGGAGGGAUCGUCCAGUUACGAGAUCAACCCUUGUCCAUCGGGUCACUACUGCCCAGCGGGUACCUACUACGGAGAGCAGUACCAAUGCAUGGCUGGGAGUUUCAACAAUCAGACGAUGAGCAAGAAUUCAUCUGCUUGUAUACCCUGUACAGCCGGCUAUUACUGCCCAAGCCCCGCCAUGAACUGGCCAAUGGGCGAAUGCGAGGGUGGGUACUACUGCCCCGGGGGUGACGAUGACCCCACCCCGUCCACCUACUGCACCAUGGGAUACUACUGUCCCCAGGGGUCGGCCCUACCCCUUCCCUGCCCUGGUGGGGAGUACUGUGCUGAGGACAUGAUGAGUAAUACGUCGGGUCUCUGUGAGGCUGGAUACUACUGCUUCUCCAAAGCGAUUUCGGCGACACCCAAUGAUGGAAAUGCCACAGGCGACGAGUGCCCUAUGGGUGCUUACUGCCCAAUGGGCAGCGACUCGCCGAUCCUCUGUGGCUCCGGCACAUUCCUGAACAGCACCCGCAACGACAUGGAGUCAGACUGCCUCGACUGUAUCCCCGGAUCAUACUGUGCCGGCAGUGGUAACGUGGUACCGACAGACGAGUGCUGGCCAGGGUACUACUGCCCGGCUGGACAGAGCGAGGCUACGCCGGCUGAGUACAACUGCACGCUAGGCCAUUACUGCCCACGAGGGAGCCCUUCACCCAUCCGCUGUAUUUCCGGCGAAUACCAGGAUGAGGUCGGCCAAUCUUCCUGCAAGGAUUGCCCCACAGGGUUCUUCUGUGAUAGCACCAUGGAACCAGUGGUUCUCUUCAACGAUUCUUACUGUCCACAAGGUUACUACUGCCCUCUGAAUACAGAGUAUGCCACGCAGUAUGCCUGCCCUCAAGGAACCUUCAACAACCUGACCCACAGGAUAGAGAUAGAUGAUUGCCAACAGUGCUCUGGAGGAUUCUACUGCGAUCAGGAAGGUCUUGAAGAACCGGUUGCACCUUGUACUGCAGGAUACUACUGUAAACUUGGAUCCAACUCCUCCACACCUACUUUCGAUGAUGACAACAACGAAUGUCCAGUCGGUCAUUACUGCGUCGAAGGGUCAGCCCAACCUCAGGCAUGUCCUCCGGGCACCUACAAUCCAUCGGUCAGACGUGAGGCUGUCAGCGAGUGCCUGAACUGCACCGGUGGACGCUACUGUCCAGACUAUGGCAUGAAUACGACUGGACCCUUAUGUGGUGCUGGUUUUUACUGUGAAUCUGGAGCUGAUGUUGCAACCUUCGUGCAGUGUCCGGCUGGAAGCUACUGCCCCGAGGGAUCUACUCUGCCUAGUCUAUGUGAUCCAGGCUCUUGGUCGGAUCAACCGGGUCUUACCGCUCAGGAAGAAUGCUUCAACUGCACAGCUGGUUUCUUCUGCCCAGCGAGCGGCCAGACCGCCGCCACCGACGAAUGCUGGGGAGGAUGGUACUGCCCCGUCGGUCAGAGCCAGCCCAACCCUCCUGACUACCUCUGCCCGAUCGGAGUCCACUGUCCCAACGGCAGCGAGAUCUACCUCUCGUGCCCCAGCGGAUUCUACGCUAACUAUUCUGGAGCUUCGGAGUGCCAUGAGUGUCCCGAGAGGUACUACUGCACCCCCGUCGGCCCCGCGAACGCCUCGAUGAAUGCCCAGCCGUGCCCUGCGGGAUACUACUGCCCUGCCGGCACUGGUCUUGACUGGCAACCAUGUCCAGCUGGUACCUAUAGCCCUGAUGAAGGGUUGGCUCAUCAAGGAGAAUGUCUGCCUUGUGAUGGCGGUCAGUAUUGUAUGGGAUCUCAUCUCACAGAAACAUCAGGGAACUGCUCUGCAGGUUACUACUGUACGUCUGGUGUCGAUAGGCCAGACCCUGGGGCUGACAACGAGACCUUGGUCAACUCGACAUGUGCUUGCCCUGAACAGACAUACUUCACCGGUGAAGGAGGAAUCUGUCCGAUCGGUCAUUACUGUCCUGAGGGGUCAUCUCUGCCGAUCCCAUGCGAGGCCGGAACCUACAACAGUCUCACGCAACAGCCUGAGUGUAUGGUGUGUCCUGAAGGCUACUACUGCAUGGCCAAUGCUACAGAGUUCUCUAGUACACCAUGUCUGCCAGGUCAGUACUGUCCCAACGGAACGACCCAUGCCUACGAGUUCCGCUGCCCACCAGGAACCUACCAACCCCAGUACAAUGCCAAGUCAAUGGACGAGUGCCUAGCCUGUCCCGGAGGUCGCUACUGCGCUGGGUACGGUAACAGUAACUACACAGGAGAGUGUGACGAGGGCUGGUACUGCACAGAGAGCGCCUACACUCCAAACGGGACUGACAACGGUGGAGAAUGUCAACCAGGGUUCUAUUGCCCAAUGGGCUCUGAUGCACCCGUCCCAUGCACCCCUGGCUAUUACUGUGACAUUGCCGGCCUUCCUGCCCCCACGGACAUGUGUGCCCCAGGGUUCUACUGCACGCUGGCUGCGACGACACCCACGCCCCUGGACGGAUCGACCGGGGAUGAAUGCCCGGCUGGGUUCUACUGCGGGGAGGGGUCUUCCUAUCCUCUGGCCUGUCCCCUGGGGACGUAUAGCCCCUCCCUUAGGAAUGAGAACGUCACAGACUGUCUGGAUUGCACACAUGGACAGUACUGCGGAGAUCAUAAUCUGACAGCGCCCUCAGGUAAUUGCAGCCGAGGGUUCUACUGUACGCCCGGCCAGCAGGUAGCGGAUGCAGUCCCUUGCCCUGUUGGCUUCUACUGUCCUGAGAUGACCUUUGACCCCAUCCUGUGUCCAGGCGGAACUUACCAAACUGAAGAAGGCCAGUGGACGUGUGAUACGUGCCCAGAGGGGUACUAUUGUGAUAAUUCAAACGGUGUUGUCACAGCAAACAUCACUUGCCCAGCUGGCUAUUACUGCCCAGCGGGUACUACCAGAGCCGAUGAAUUCCCUUGCCCUACCGGCACCUAUGGCAAUGAGACGGGAUAUGCACGGGAAUCGCAGUGUACUGCUUGUACAGGUGGGUAUUACUGUGAAGAAGUAGGACUGACAUCUCCCAGUGAUCUAUGCAACGCUGGAUAUUACUGCAGACAGUACGCUAACACAUCUACACCGGAUCUAGGAUAUGAUGCUGACGUCUGCCCUGCAGGUUUCUACUGUCCAGAAGGCACAUCCGAGCCGUACCAGUGCCCCGCCGGUACUUUCAGCAAUCAAAUGGGUCUACACAAUGUUACGCAGUGUACACAAUGUCUAGCUGGAUACUACUGUGAGAGUGUCAAUCUCACUGACACUGAAGGUAAGGUGUUAUUUAGUCUUGGUGUUAUUACUUGUACACAGUGUCUAGCUGGAUACUACUGUGAGAGUGUCAAUCUCACUGACACUGAAGGUAAGGUGUUAUUUAGUGUUGGUGUUAUUACUUGUACACAGUGUCUAGCUGGAUACUACUGUGAGAGUGUCAAUCUCACUGACACUGAAGGCCUCUGCCAAGAAGGGUUCUACUGCCCUCUGGGGUCUUCGUCACGCACAGAGAUGACCUGUACGGAGGGUCACUAUUGUCCAGAGGGGUCACCUUCACCCACUGGAUGUCCAGAGGGGACCUUUAACCCCUACCAAGGUCAGAUAGAGGUCGGUGACUGCACUGAUUGUACGCCAGGCAGUUACUGCGAAACACAAGGUCUUGUUGAGCCAACUGGUCCAUGUGAGCCUGGAUACUACUGUCCAGCUGGUCAGAACUCAUCCAGACCGUACGACUAUCCCUGUACGGUCAGUCAUUACUGCCCGCUCAACUCCACCGAGCCGCUGCUAUGCGAGAACGGAACGUACAUGAAUCAGACGCACGCAUCAGAGUGUUUCGUUUGCCCUGCAGGAUGGUAUUGUGUGCUUGGGGACCUCAUAGCGAUGUGUCCGGAAGGCUACUACUGCCCAGACGGAACCGGUAUCGACUGGCAGCCUUGCCCCCGUGGAACCUAUAACAAUGAUACCAGUCUCUCUGAAGAGCUAGAAUGUCGGCAGUGUCCUGGUGGUUAUUACUGUGGAGAGGUGGCUCAGACUGAUUACAUAACAGAAUGUGAUCCAGGUUUUUACUGCGAAUACGGUGUAGACCGAGCCGACCCCAACGGCAACAACAACUCCACCCUGGUAAACGCAUCCUGCGCCGUCCUCGGCGAACACACCGGUGUCGGCGGCAUCUGCCCCGAGGGGUCAUACUGCCCUCGGGGGUCCAAUCAACCGAUAGAAUGCGAAGCUGGGUCGUUCGCUAAUACUACGGGAUUAGAGGCAUGCUGGGAUUGCCCGGCCGGGUACUACUGUCUUGAAGGUGCGGUCACCUACGAGGACACGCCCUGUCCAGAGGGUCACUAUUGUCCGAUCGGCACGACUUCCAUCUACGAGUACCCCUGCCCGGACGGGACAUACUACAACACUACACAUGCUACUGAGAUGAGUGACUGUAUCGCCUGUCCAGGAGGGUACUACUGUGAGAUUGACGGACUGGGUUACCCGACCGGACCUUGCUCUCCAGGUUGGUACUGCUCCGGUAACUCCUCAUCGUCCAUGACAACGACCCACGGGGGAGAAUGUCAGCCCGGUACCUUCUGCCCUGAAGCAUCUUAUGCUCCUACUCAAUGCACUCCAGGGAUGUACUGCCAAACCGCUGGUCUGGACACACCGACUGGUAAUUGCUCCCAAGGAUUCUACUGCACCCUUGGCGCAUCGGACCCCGACCCACGGGACAACAGCACCGGGGCUAUCUGCCCUGUAGGUCACUACUGCCCCGAGGGUAGCCCCGCCCCGAUCCCUUGCCCCACUGGCUACUACCUGGACUCUGAAGAGAACAGUGCUAUAGGCGACUGCUUGUCCUGUCCAUUGGGCGAGUUUUGUCCUGGUGUGGGAAGGGAGACGUCGGCUGGACAGUGCGAUGCUGGCUUCUACUGUCCAGGUGGACAGAAUGUAUCUGCACCAGCGGAAUAUGUCUGUCCCGAAGGCUAUUUCUGCGAGGCAGGAAGCUUUGACCCUCAGAUCUGCGAGAACGGCACCUUCCAGAAUGAGAUCGGCCAGAGCUCCUGCAAGCAAUGUCCAGCUGGCUACUACUGUGAUAACACACUGGCCCCGGUCGUCCUCAACAUCACUGGCCUAUGUCCAUCCGGUCACUAUUGUCCAGCGGGUACAAGAUACGCUGUUGAGUUCCCCUGCCCGAUCGGAACAUUCAAUAACCAAACAGGAUUGACGGAAGAGAGUCUAUGCAGCCCAUGUCUCGGUGGAUAUUACUGCCCCACCCCAGGGAUGGUGUACCCCGAGGAGGAAUGCGAUGCAGGAUUCUUCUGCAAGCAGUAUGCAAACAUCUCGGCACCGGACCAAGGUGAUGAUGCCAAUGAGUGCACACCUGGUCACUACUGCCCCCAGGGGACCUCCGACCCCGUCCCCUGUCCUAAGGGCUCCUUUAGCAACGAGUAUGGCUUACAGGCCGAGGGAGAUUGCGAGCUGUGCACCCCGGGCCACUACUGCUCGGAGAUUGGACAAACCAACACCUCGGGAUUAUGCUUCGAAGGAUUUUACUGUGAGCUUGGUUCAUGGGACGCGACCAACGUCUCGUGUCCAGUGGGUAAUUACUGCCCUCUAGGAUCACCUACGCCCGAGCCAUGUCCGCAGGGCACCUACAGUAACACUAUGGAGAGGUGGAAUGUCACCCAGUGCGUUGAGUGCGAUGAAGGAUGGUACUGUAAUGACACAGGUCUGUCCGCACCAGUAGGGGAAUGCGAUGCUGGUUUCUACUGCCCACCGGGACAGAGUGUCCCCAACCCCACCGACUACCCAUGUAGCAUCGGGUUGCAUUGCCCCGUUGGUAGCGCUCUACCAGUCCCCUGCGCUCCUGGUACCUUCACAAACCUCACCCAGGCUCCCGAGUGUCUGGAGUGUCCCGCAGGAUUCUACUGUGUACCCGAAGAAGUCAUCGAAGGAAACUCCUCUACCGGGUACAGGGAUUGCCCCCAGGGGUACUUCUGCCCCCCUGGUACCGGAGCUAACUGGACUGCAUGCCCACCGGGGACCUACGGAGCCAGCAAAGGAUUAGAAUAUGAAGAAGACUGUACUGACUGCCCAGGUGGUGAAUACUGUGAUGGUGUCAAUCUGACCAUCCCAUCUGGCCCCUGUGAGGCGGGAUAUUUCUGCACCUAUAGAGUGGACAGGCCAACACCCACAGCAUUCCCCAAUGAUGGAUGUACCUACGCAGGCAACCAUACAGGAUAUGGCGGCGUCUGUCCACUGGGUCACCACUGUCCCGAGGGGUCAGCCCGCCCUCUAGGGUGCUCGGCAGGAACGUACCAGGAUGAAGAAGGGAAAGAAUCGUGCAAGGAGUGCCCGGCUGGCUACUACUGUCUCGCUAACUCGACUACUUAUGAGGAUACCAUAUGUCCAUCUGGUUACUACUGUCCACCCGGUACAACAUAUGACAUCAUGGAGCCCUGUGAAGAGGGAACGUUUAAUAACCUUACUGGUGGUCACAACGAUUCCUGGUGUACUCCAUGUUUACCCGGUACCUACUGCGCCGGUCAGGGUAACCCCGAACCUACUGAUCUCUGUGAUGCGGGAUGGUACUGUAUCAGUGGGUCGUACGAACCGCAGCCAUCGGAUCCUUCCCUUGGUGGAGAGUGCCAAGCUGGGGAAUACUGCCCUCAGGGUUCGUCAGCUCCAAUCACCUGUGAUCCUGGCUGGUACUGUCAUACCUCCGGUCUUCCAGCGCCCCAUGAUAUGUGCACCGCUGGGUACUACUGCACCAAUGGUUCCGUCACACCCACUCCUAUGGGUAGCGGAGGUGAUCGAUGUAGUCCUGGAUACUACUGCCUCGAGGGAAGCUCCGUCGAGGAAGCAUGCCCUCCUGGAACCUACCAACCAAGUCUGAUGGCUAAGAACAUCACCUACUGUCUUGACUGCCUGGCUGGGAAGUACUGCAACGACAGCGGUCUGUCACAACCAGAAGGGAACUGCUCCAGAGGAUUUUACUGCCCCGGUGGCCAGACCGUCCCUACUCCCAACGAGUACCGCUGUCGCCGUGGUUACUACUGCCAGGAGGACUCUGCGGAGGAGCAGGCAUGUCCGGCCGGGACCUACCAGGAUGAACCUGAGCAAUGGGAGUGCAAGGACUGCCCCGCUGGCUUCUACUGCGACGACACCAACGGACCCAUCGUCAACUACACAGCUUAUGUUUGCCCAGAAGGUCACUACUGUCCGGAGGGCACCAGAGCAGCCACCUACUACAAGUGCCCCAUCGGAACCUUCAACAACAUCACUGCCAUCUCUAACCAAUCGGAAUGCUCCGACUGCCUCGGAGGUUACUACUGCGGCGAGCCAGGUCUCACGUACCCUCGGACGCUCUGUGCGGCUGGAUACUAUUGUCGCCAGGCGGCCCGCAUCGCGACACCCAGCCAGGGUUACGAUGCGGACGAGUGUCCGGUCGGUCAUUACUGUCUAGAGGGAACUGAAGAACCAAUUGCCUGUCCUUUGGGCACCUUCAGUAAUGAGACUGGCUUGAUGAAUGUUACUGAAUGUGAAUACUGCACACCAGGUUCGUACUGUGAUCAAGUGGCACUGACCGCUCCUGUUGACCUCUGCACAGCCGGCUUCUACUGUGUCCAAGGCUCGGACAACCAGGAGCAGUUCGUCUGUCCCGUCGGACGCUACUGUCCCGAGGGCACUUCAGUCCCUUACAAGUGUCCUGCGGGGACAUUCUCCAACGACACUAGGCUUGUGGAGGAAGCAGAAUGUCGUAAUUGCACCGCAGGGUAUUACUGCCAGCAGACGGGACUGUCGGAAGAAGAAGAUCUUUGUACCGCAGGAUACUACUGUCCAGAAGGUUCGUCUAUCCCAGCCCCUAUCGAGUGCCCCAUUGGUCUUCACUGUCCUCUUGGAUCACCGGAACCCAAGGCCUGCGCUGCAGGGACCUACACCAACCGAACCACGCAGCCAUCAUGCCUAACCUGCCCACAAGGAUUGUACUGCUUGCCUGAGAAUGAGACGAUCGGAAACCCACAUCUGGAAGCCGGUUAUGCAGACUGCCCGGCUGGCUUCUACUGUCCGGCUGGAACCGGUCUCGACUGGAUGGCCUGCCCAGCUGGUACCUACAGUGACCAGAUCAACCUAUACAUGAUCGGGCAGUGCACAGAUUGCCCCGCUGGCUACUACUGCCCUGACCAACACGCCACAAACUACACAGACCUAUGCCACGAGGGUUACUGGUGCAGCUCUGGGGUGGACAGGGGCAAUCCCCACACCCCCGGGACCAACGAGACCUAUAACGACACCUGUCCCCUCCUGGGAGGUUAUACCGGUGUCGGAGGGGUGUGUCCCAGGGGGCACAGGUGUCCGGUAGGGGUGGGCGCGCCCAUCGGGUGUGACACGGGGACGUACCAGGAUAACGAGGGGGAAGGUGACUGCAAGGAUUGUCCGGAAGGUUUCUUCUGCCCUGCCAAUUCCACCGACUAUGACUCCAACAUCUGUCCCGCCGGCUACUACUGCCCAGCUGGCACGGAGCACGGUCAGCAGUUCCCCUGCUGGCCCGGAACAUUCAACAACGCCACUGGUCAGACAUCCAACUCCUCCUGCUUGUCUUGUCUUGGUGGCAUGUAUUGCAUGGGAUACCAUAAUGAAUGGCCAACUAGCAACUGCAGUGAUGGGUGGUACUGUACAUCCGGAGCAUCCAGCCCAAUGCCAAGUGACCUGUCCAUUGGUGGUCAGUGCCAAGCCGGUCAGUACUGUCCGGCUGGGUCAGAGUUGCCUAUUGAUUGUGAUCCAGGAAUGUACUGCCAUAGAGCCGGGCUUGCCUUGCCUCAACUGGAAUGCCAUCCAGGUUAUUACUGCAUCAACGGAGCAUCCCGCGGUGACCCGACUGAUAACAUCACAGGCAAUAUAUGCCCUAUGGGGCACUUCUGUCCACAAGGCAGUUACUCUCCCACAGCAUGUGAUAUGGGCUAUUACUUGGAUGCUGAGGGCCAGUCUCAACUUUCAAACUGCAAGAACUGCACACCAGGUAUGUUCUGUGGCGAGCAAGGCCUACCCUCACCCAGCGGUGAGUGCGAACAAGGAUACUAUUGCCCGGAAGGUCAGUCAACGGCAAACGCCUCUGCCUUCGCUUGUCCCGAAGGCUACUUCUGCGAGACCGGCAGCCCCGCACCCGAGCCUUGUCCCUCGGGCACCUACCAAGACACCCCAGCCCAGUGGACCUGUAAGACUUGCCCGGAGGGAUUCUACUGCAACGCAACGAUCGGCCCAGUGGUAUGGACCGGGUCCUAUGUUUGCCCCAGUGGGUACUACUGUCCUGCAGGCACCGAGUAUGCGGAGCAGUAUCCCUGCCCCUAUGGAACCUUCAAUAAUAUCACUGGAAUAACCUCGGAGGGCGAUUGUACGGACUGCAUCGGAGGCUACGCCUGCAACCAGAUCGGCCUAUCCUAUCCACCGGUCCUGUGCGCUGCAGGUUACUACUGCAGGAAGGGUUCCAACACCACCACACCAACAUACGAUGGGUUUAACAACGAGUGUCCGGCCGGAUCUUACUGCCCGGAGGGAACGGACAGUCCUAUCCACUGCCCGGAAGGGUACUACAGUCCCAACAUGAAGCUGCAGUCUGAAUCAGAAUGCUUGAACUGUACAGAGGGGUACUACUGUAAUGAGACAGGUAUCACCGAAGUCAGCGGCCCUUGCUCACCACGCUACUACUGCGAGGAGGGGUCAACCACGCCACACAGUCUCAUCUGCCCCGAAGGUCACUACUGUGGCCUUGCGACCUUUGACCCUACACCUUGCCCCAACGGGACGUUCUUCAAUGCCACCGGGAUCGCAACGGAGGAAGAGUGCUUCCAUUGCACACCUGGAUACUACUGCAAUGGACUUGGUCUCGUGGAGCCUACAAAUUACUGUGAUCCAGGGUACUACUGCCCUCAAGGGUCAUCAUAUGCCAAGGCCAUCAUCUGUCCCAUUGGCAAGCAUUGUCCUCUUGGAAGUGCGGAACCACAGGACUGCAUCGCUGGAACUUACACUGAUAGUGAAGGUCAAGCUGCAUGCCAAGUUUGUCCUGAAGGUUACUACUGUAUCCCAGAGCUAGUAGUGGAAGGUGAUGCAGGAACUACCAGUUGGUCCUGCCCUCAGGGCUACUAUUGUCCCAACGGCACUGGUCAUGACUGGCAACCAUGUCCUGCAGGAAGCUUUGGCAAGACUGGAGGACUCACCAACAUUCUGGAGUGCACUCCUUGCGAUGCAGGCUCAUACUGCCAGGGGGUGAAUUUGACCUCACCGACUGCCUUAUGUGCUAGGGGAUACUAUUGUGUCUCUGGAGCCGACAGGCCCAAUCCACUUUACCUCAAUGACAGUCAGUGUCCCACGGAUACUGUCCACCCAAUCAUCGGUCAUAUCUGUCCCGAGGGCCACUUCUGCAUGGAAGGAUCUGAAUAUCCUGAAGGAUGUCCUGCGGGAACGUACAACGACCUGCCGGGUGCAUGGGAGUGCGAAGAUUGUCCUGUAGGAUACUACUGCUAUGGCAACACAACAGAUUACCAAGCCAAUGAAUGCCCAUCAGGAUACUACUGUGAGCUGAACACCCCCGAUCCUUACGCCUAUCCAUGCCCACCGGGUACCUUUAACAACCUGACCAUACAGCAUAGCCAAGCGGCAUGCGUUGACUGCUUGCCUGGAUGGUAUUGCGCUGGCUAUGGUAACUCCCAUCCUACCGAUGAAUGCGACGAGGGCUGGUACUGCAGCGGCGGAGCUAAUGAGAGCCAGCCAUCUACCAAUGGAGGAGAAUGUCAGCCAGGGUACUUCUGCCCCCGCGGCUCCGGAGCCCCUGAACCCUGCACAGCAGGCCAAUACUGCGACCUGGCCGGCCUGGCCCACCCUACCAACUCCUGCGACCCUGGCUACUACUGUCCGUCGGGAUCGUCCGACCCUCGCCAGGAGGACUGUACGGUUGGUCAUUACUGUCCCGAGGGAAGCAGUCUUCCGACGCCCUGCUCUAACGGGACGUACAAUCCAUCGUUGAACCAGGACGAGUUUGCGGACUGCCUGCCUUGUCAAGGAGGGUUUUACUGUAAUGAGACGGGCGCAAGUACGACCAGUGGAGAAUGUGCUGCCCAAUACUAUUGUCCACCCGGUCAAGUUACUCCAACGCCAGGAGACUACCUGUGUCCGACCGGUCACUACUGUGUGGCUAAUCUCGCAACACCGACCCGCUGUCAGGACGGAACAUACCAGGAUGAGAUGGGCAAAGACUCUUGCCUCACUUGUGAAGAAGGCUACUUCUGCGACAACACGCUUUACGCUGUCAGUGACCUGUCCAACGCUUCCUGUCCAGCCGGCUACUACUGUCCAGCUGGAACCAAGAGGGCUAACCAGUUCCCUUGCCCAUCAGGGACCUACAACAACCUGACCAACGCUGUCAAUGAUUCUUGGUGUACUGAGUGUCUUGCAGGGUUCUUCUGCCAGACGCCUGGUCUGAGUGCCCCUGAGGAUGAGUGCUACGCGGGCUACUACUGCUUGGCCGGUGAGGACAACCCUACUCCCAAUCCAUGUCCGGAGGGUAACUACUGUCCCUCUGGUAGCUACAAGCCGACACCCUGUCCAGCCGGAACGAUCUCUAGCGGUACGACCAAUGAGAACGUAACGGACUGUGCACCAUGUGACCCGGGAAGGUACUGCACUGCAAACAGCUCUAGCAAUGGUGUAACACUGCCCUGUGAUGCUGGCUAUAUCUGCACCGGUGGCUCGGACACACCAACUCCUGGGGACAUUGCCAUUGGGUACACCUGUCCUCAAGGCCAUUACUGCGAGGCGGGCGCAACGAAAGAAAGGCGAUGCGAUCAGGGAACCUACGCUCCGUCCGUCAACCACGGAGAAUGCCUCCUCUGCCCAGAAGGAACAAGCUGUCCAGAGACUGGCAUGAACUUCACCUUACCAUGUCCUGAAGGGUAUUACUGUCUACCAGAGACCAGAGAUAAUGGAAUACCAUGCCCAUUAGGUACCUUCAGUAACAUCACCGGUCUAUCCAACGAGAGCCAGUGCCAGGCUUGCUUUGCCGGCAUGCACUGCAACGAGACCGGUCUCGCCUGGCCCUCAGGGUUCUGUGAAGCCGGUUUCCUCUGUAUCUCCGGAGCGAUGGAGUCGGCUCCAGACGAUGGCAUCAAUGGACCUUGCCCCACAGGAGCUUACUGUGAAGAAGGUGUGACAUCUGAGGCUCUCUGUCCGCCCGGUACUUUCAACCCAACCCGCGGCGGUCAAAACAUCAGCGACUGCCUUCCAUGUACCUCGGGCAAGUUCUGUGGAACCAGCGGCCUAUCGUCCCCGACAGGCUGGUGCCGCGAAGGGUAUUACUGCCCCAGCGACGCCGAGGUGUAUGACAAUCGCCCAAGCGAGUUUGAGUGCCCAGCUGGUCACUUUUGUUUGAAUGAUACAGCCACGCCCUAUCCGUGUGAACCUGGUACCUACCAACCAAACACAAGAUCUAUCGACUGUCUGGUCUGCCCUGAGCGGUACUACUGUCUGCAGAAUACCAGCCACCCUGAGCCAUGCAGCCCCUACACCUACUGCCCCGAAGGCUCACCAGCACCCAUCAACUGCCCCAACGGAACGUACACCAUGGACAACGUGACCCACCUGGCUGCAGCCGAUGAAUGCCAGUAUUGCCCUACAGGAUCAUACUGUCUUGGCGGACGCAUCGCUGGGCCAUGCUCUGCAGGAUAUCUGUGCUACAGUGGAUCUGACACUCCCACACCCGAUGGUAGCGACCCAACUGUUGGAGAAAUCUGUCCCUUCGGUUUCUACUGCGAAGAAGGUGCCGCAAAUGUAUCGGCCUGCGAGCCUGGCAAGGUCAUAGCCUACGAGGGCGCCAUGAGCGUCCUGGAAUGCCAGCUGUGCCCUGCGGGAUACAUCUGCUCCGUGGACAACGUCCUGCCGCAACCGUGCACGCCGGGAUACUACUGUGAGUUCGACGCAGACCGUACACCCUGUCCCAACACCACCUAUUCUUCAGAAUCUGGGGCAACUAACAGCAGUACCUGUCAACCGUGUCCUGCUGGCUUUUGGUGUAACGAACCAGCUUUGACAAACUACACCAAGGUGCCAUGUCCUCUGGGGCACUACUGUCCUACAGCCACAGACGAACCCAUGCCAUGUCCACCAGGAACUUACAGGAGUCUCCUCGGCGCUGAAGAUGAGUUGGACUGUUUCAUAUGCCCACCAGGGUUCUACUGCCCCAACGACACGGCUAACAUCUACGAGAUUGAAUGCGAUGAAGGACAGUUCUGUCCCGAAGGUUCUUGGGCUCAGAGAGAUUGCCAACCAGGUUAUUACUGUAACCGCUCUAUGACGCAAGAGAAGUGUCCAGCCGGGUACUACUGUCCAGUGCGGUCACCUUACCCCGUCCAGUGUCCAGCCGGUCACUACUGCGGCGAAGAAUGUGGCUACCUGAAUGAUACCGGACCCUGCCCUGGUUCAAUUACGCCCGUCAUCUGUCCACUUGGUUAUCGGGAGAAGGAAGGCUCCAGACGAAGCACCUUCGAAAACACCUGCGAGGUCUGCCCGGCCGGUUACUACGGCAACAUGCCCGACCGUGCCAACUGCACCAUCUGCGAGGCGGGCGUGGUCUGCCUGGAGGGCGCCACCACCGACUACCCGCUCGACAACACCACGAUGCACGGCGUGAACUACACCAACUCCUUCCCCUGUCCCGUGGGGUACUACUGCCCCGAGGGUUCGUCGGCGGCCUCGCCGUGUCCAGUCGGGACGUUCCGGAGCGCGGAGUACGCCGUGGCGGCGUCGGAUUGCCUGGUCUGUGGGGUGGAUCACUUCAACCAUUUGACUGGUCAGCAGGGUUGCUUCCAUUGUGGUAGUCAGGCUACGACGGAAGGAGCCGUUGGGUCUUCGGAGUGUACUUGCAACGGGGCUAAUCAGGAAUUCCAGUUCACUGAUCGCCAGUGCAUCUGUCAGCAUGGAUAUUCCCUGAGGGCCGAUGGGAACACGGAGACCUGCACCAAGACGGUCUAUGAGCAAUGCGAUGAGGGUACCUACAGGAACCAGCAGGGACAGUGCUGGACGGAAUCAGAGUGGGAAGAUUACUGUAUGAAUGAGCAAUGUCAAACCCCUGAGGACUAUAUUGGUUUCGUCAGGGGAAACCCCAACGACUGUCAAUGCCAAACUGAAGAUCUAGAGGAAGUCUGUAACCGAGAAUGCCAGGUCGCUCAGGAGAACCGCAUCACUUUGGUCUGCUCCGACCCAGCCUACAUCAGGAUCACAGAUGAGAACGGAAAUGAGACGACAUUUGCAGCUGAUUCCCUGUCUCGGAUCAUCAACUCCCGUAACUCUCUGACCACGGACCAGUGUACCGCUCUGGACGGUCACACGCAGAAGAUCAACCUCAUCGUCACUUUCGAUGGUGGCUUCACCGGAGCUUACGAUCCUAAUGCAGAGGACGUCUCCAACCUUCUUCAAGACAACUCCAAGGAUAGCGUCGUCGUUGCCAGCAACGAUUCCGAUAACAACGUCUCCCGUCGACGACGACGAUCGGUCGACUUGGGAUUCAAUGCUACUAGGUUGGACGGGCGUCGCCGACUGAUGGCGUCGGUUGAAGACCCGUCCGGUGGAACGUAUACCGGUAUCACCAACCCAACGGUGUGUUUGAGAUACGGAGAAACCAUGCUUUUCACUGUGGAUAAUAACAAUUAUCCAGUUUAUGAUAGGGAGAAUCUUUAUAACACCAAUGAGAAGUUUGACUACGGUGGUUUUAGAGAGUUGGCCGAGCAGCAGAGUCAGGUCCUGACGAGCACGACUCUCUUCGCCUAUCAGUUCGUCGACCCUGGUGUCUACGUUUUCACACUCAAUAACAAUACAGCCAAGAAGAUGUACAUCCGUGUCAUGGCUGAGAACGCCCAGUGUUCCGAGGAGGGACCGUUCUUCCCGUCCACACCGAGGUACAUCAUCCAGAAUGGUAUCGCCUUGGAGUCCGGUAUCCUCCUGGCACCGGAUUGGAUCACCAUUGGUUUGGUUCUAGGACUCUCUGUUGUUCUGUCCAUCCUACUUAUCAUUGCUCUGAUGUUGUUCCGCAAGUACGGCUGGAACAAGCAGCGGUACGUCAGGCCAAAGUUCCGCAACCUGACAGCACAGAAUAACUUUGACGAUCUCGCCUCAAAGGGAUCCACGGUCCACCAUACCAAGAAAUACCACCGAGCUCUCGAAGGACAGAAUAUGGAGAUGGAAGAAGGGGCUGGUGUACCAGUGGAAGCCAUACAGGUGAAGAGCGAUGAUUUCUGGGACUACGACAAACAGGUCGAUCUCGAGGGAUUCACAACCACAGACUUCUAUGACCACCUCUCAAAGCAGUCGCGUCAUGUGACCAGUGAACUCGGCAGACAGAAAGAUGAGGCUAAGGCCCUCUAUCAGCAACUGGCAAACCAAGCCCAGUCACUCAAAGGAUUAUGGGUAGCAAAGCUGAACCUAAAGGGCAAGGCUGCCCUCGCUACCGAGGCUGAUCUCGCUGCAUAUGACUCUAAAAAUGCAGAGCUUGAGUUGGAGCUGGAGCGUCGCCGUGAGCUUGGAAUGAGGAUGGAAACAUAUCUGAAGAGACAAGCCGAUAUCUUGAAGGAUGAUGAUAGAUGCAGAGAAGAACACCAGGUGUCCUUCUUGUCUGGUCUCAGCGAAGCAACCCGUCUGAUGAAUGAGUAUUCUGAGAAGCUUUCUGCCGGUGGAGAAUCCCUGGAGAGAGAGUUUGAUAACUCGAUGCAAAACCAUACUAUCCGACGUGUUGGCGCCCUCUUGAGUCGCAUGUCCCAAGAGGUAUCUGCGGAGUGUCAGAGGAUAGGAGCUUGGGGUGUUCUAGGUCAAGGUUCAGGAGGUCUUCUGGUAGUACCCGGAACUGACAACACACCUCUUCCUAGGGAAGAACUGUUCGGUGCUGAUGGUAAACUGCAGCAGACGGAGGUGACCAAACGAGACCCGACCACGGGUCUAGUCGUUCCGGUUCCAGGAUCUCUGAUGCUGACCGCCAACGGAGAGGUCAGGAGGGUCAAGGCCAACAUGUUUGUCCAUCCUCAGACCGGUCACGUAUUGCCGAUGAAAGGCAACGUCUCCUAUGACACCAUGACUUCACGGUUGAUCGUCGUAACGGAUACAUCGUCAACCGAGCUUCCACGAUCAGACGAUGGCGUCCUGCCCUUCGUGCCCUACCCCAUCGACCCCAACUCCGGCCUCCCGGUCCAAUCCCUCAUCACUGAAGCGGAGCAUGCCGGUGAAAUCAAACUGGGCGCGGCCAUGUCCGACCCUGCCACCGGUCUCCAGUGCCCAAUCCUUGCAAUCACCAUCCACCCUGAGACGGGCGUGGCCUAUCCCCUCUGCGGCACACAUAUCGACCCUGUGACCGGACUGCCGCUCCCCAUCGAAGUCGGGUCACUCAUGGUGGAUCCAACCAGCGACCAGCCAGUGCCGAUCUUGGAUGUUUCUAUUGAUAUCGAGACAGGGGACGUGAUACCUAUCGGUGGUGUCCAACAAACACUGACCGAUGCCCACGACGCCUACAGCCCGAUGGUCAUGUCUGACAAGUUUGUUGAGCCUGUGAGCAUGCUGACGGCCCGUAUAGGUGGUGUCAGACUGGAAGGGUCGGAGGUGACUCCUACCGGUGGAAGCUACCAGUCUCUCCUGGAUGCGAGCUUGAUGCUGUGUGAGAUCCAAGUCCUGGAGAGGAUGAAGACGUACCUUGAUAACUUGAUGGGACCCGAUGGAGCCAACUGCCGACAUGAGCAGAAUCUCCUGGAGACCGCGGUGAAGGACAUGACUGCCGUCAGACAACGCUCCAGGACUCACGUCAUCAGGGAGGCUCUGGAUGUCGAGAGGAGAGCUGAGAGGGCUAACAUCCUGGCUGUUAGUGGUGGAACUCCUGGUAUGUACGAGUUUGCAGAGACAGGUCAGCUUCUCCCAAUCCUGGUCGGUACCCUGAUGUCCGACCCAGCUGGGUCGGGUCAAAAGGUGCCAAUUUUAGGAGUAGGCAAGAAUCCAGAGACCGGCCGUCUGAUGCCACUCGGCGGCACCAUGGAAGACCACGAAGGAGACGGGCUCGUACCUAUCAUGAUCGGUCACAAGGCCAUUGAUACAGUGACUGGUGACCUUAGCCCAGUGACCGGUGUCCGAAUCAACGCAGAGAACGGAACAGUGGUUCCCGUCACCCUCUCGGGUGGAGCCAAGAAAGCCAAGCCCCCACUUGGAGCCGUGUCCAUGAUUGAAGAUGAGCUUGUUGCUAGGCGUGGCUUCUGGCGUCGUCAACGUCAGCGGGAGGAGGAGAUGGUCUCUGUGGAAUCUCACCUCACCCAUCAACUUAUCUUGGAGAUCGAGAAUCUUGCUCCAAACAAGGUUGAAGAGGCCCUCGAAACCUUGGCCGAGCAGGCCAAGACGGUAGAGGACUACCAGCGGAGGGAGGUCGAGAGGAGAUCGGAGGCUACUGAAGAACUUGGUAACAUCCUACCAUCAUUCAUCAUGGCUAUACUCUCACAGGGUGACGAACCUGAGAGAUUAGCCGCAGAGAAGCACAACGUAGCACACACCAAGUACAAUGACACAGUGCGCAAGUUCCACAAUAGAUUACAGGCUGAAGAGGCUAAAUACAAAGAGAGAAUGGAUGAAUUAAAGGAUGCAUUGAACCCUGACGCCGAGGCCGGUGCCCUCCAUCGUUACCGCCAGGCCAAGGCUAGGCUCCUGUCGGAUCUCAAGGACCAGCUGAUGAGCAGGACUGAGAAUAUUGAUGAGGACAGGGCGUCCAUGGAUUAUAGGAGGGAGCGGAGUGAGCUGCUGACACUCGAGGCAAAGGCUCUCCUGACGAAUGCAAUCUACAUCGCUGGAACCUAUGAUGCUACCAUCACCGGAGUCUACGGCGACACCACGGCAACGGAACAGUCUAGCCGAGAGGUCAUCCCUCUUCUCAAGCAGCUGAUUGCGAUGUUGGAACGAGGAUCGACCUUUACCCUCUCUGCUGAGCUCAUCCAAGGCUUACAAGGGGGAGGAUCAACUUCUGUCACUGUUGGAGGUGCUAAUAGCAUCAUCAACCGCAGUAUCGCCCAGGGAGCUAACUACAGUGUCAACGUCAACCAACAACAAGGUUACAUGCCACCAGGUCAGCCUGGUGGCAAGACUACCAUCAAUCUACUCCAAGCUGCGCCGGACUCCAGGCCACAGACGGCAGCUGUAAGCUCUCAUGAUAUCAGAAGUAAGCUAGUCGUUCAGGACACGUUGCAGUCACUGACAGAGGAAAGCAAGACGGAGAUGGCCAAGACACUCGUCGAGAGACAGACGCUUGAAUGUGUGAAACUAGAAGAAGAACUGAGAGGAGAGGAGAUCAAGUCUAUCAAUGCUAUUAUUAAGUCACAUGAAGAGCAGAAGGAAGAGAAGACUAAGAUAAUGAAGGAAGAACUCAAGGCUAAACUUCAAGAAGCCAAGACUGAACACGAGAAAGAGAAACUCAUCGAAGACUUCAUUAUACAGUCCACCAAGGUUUCAUCAAGUAUCGAAGCUGAGAAGCAGAAGCAGUUGGAGAAUCUUCGGAAGAAACUUGGCGAGAAGAGAUCCCGCAAGAAGAAGGAGCUUCACAGCAAACAUCUCCUGGAGGCCAAACAGGAGGGCCUCAGUGAGGACAUUGUUCCCGAGAUGACCGUUGAGGACGAAGAUCACCAGGCCAAGCUCCAGAGGCUUCUCAUGCUUCAGCAGAACAAACUCAUCGCUCAGCUUCAACAGGCUUAUCUGGAAGAUGAUUUAGAGAUGGAGGAGAAGAGGAAUAAUGGAUUUGAUGAGGACAUGGAGGAGAGGAUGAGAAAAUUCAAUCUUAGUAACAGACCCAAGAUGGCUGCCGUUAUUGAUAAUAUGCAAUCACAAUCGUCGACAACAAGGAAGACGAACUCCAACAUGAAAGACAAGAUGAGAAACAGGAUGAAAGGAAGGAGAGCGACCAAGUCGGCCAAAGACCUCUUGCCGUCGGGCUUGGAUCCAGAGAGCACCAUCGCUAUGGAGUUCCUUGCUGCUGAUGCAGCUCAAGAGGAUACCGAUGGUGCCCGUGGAAUCAGUGCUGCCAUGGAGGUCCUCUCAGAUAUUGCCAAGGAGAAACAACUCAAAGAGAUGGACCAAGCAAUCCAGGAAAUACUCGCUGAGGAAGCCGAAGAGCUGACCGCGGAGGAGGAGAAACUCCUGGAGGAUUACAAGGCGAUCGUCGCGAGCACCGAGGAGAAGCUGAGUGACUCCAAGCAGGAGCAACGAGAUCAUCUGAUGGCUAAGCUCGCUGCGAGAAAGAGAUUGAAGGAAGAGGUGCUGAAGGAGGAAGCGGUUGCUAAGGAACUGGAGCAUCUCAGCAAACAACAGGUACUGCGAGGCAAUAACGAAGGCCAAGAUGCGCUCAGUGAUGUCCACGACAGGGCUAAUGAUGACGAGGCAGUGUUCAAGAAAGACAAACUCUUGGAGAACCAGCAGCAUCGCCAGGAGGCCCUGGAGAUCAGCCAACAGACGGAGCUCAAGCGCUCCGCCAAGGAGCUGGAGGAGGAGCGGGCCCGUCUGGAGGGAGCCGUCGACAGUCAGCUGGAAGGCCAGAAGGAGGAGGUGUUGGCGAGGAAGCAGCAGGCGUUUGAGAAGGAGAUGCUCCUGAAGGGGAAACAGCUUGAUAAGGAUCAGUCUAAGGAGAUCAUCGAAAAACAUCAGAAAGAGAUGGAACUCCUGUCACAGAGCAUGGAUGACGAGAAGAACCGUCAGCGAGCUGCCAUCGCUGAGCGGAUCGCCAAGAGGAAGCAGCAGAAAGAAGAAAGUUUGAAACAGAUGCACUCUGCUGAGAUGAAACAAGAACUACUCAAACAGCGAGCUGAGAGAGAUGAGCUUGCUGAUAAACAGCACAAGGAUGUCGAACGUGACGCCUUGGUGGAUGCCCUCAACACGGACAAGACUUCAAAGGCUGAGAAUGUCAUCUACAGAGUGCUUAGGCAACGGCAUAUCAAGGAACAGGUCCACCAGGAGGAGCAGAUGGAGCAGGAGAAGGAGGUGGAGAUGGCCCGCAUCAAGGCCAAGGCGACGGAGCAGCUCCAGAAGGACCGGGAUGCCCUGGUGGAGGCCCAGCAGAAGGAGUUCCUGGAGCUGGUAGCCAACUCGGGCUCCAUGUCUCCAGGGGAGCUGGAGGAUAAGAAGGACGCCUUGCAGAGACAACAUAAGAAACAACUUGCUGAGUUUGAUCGUGGCUCCGCCCAGAAGAUAGAGCAGGCCAUGAAGGAUUGUCUGCCAGCCCUAGAGGUCAAGCAGGCUCAGUCCCGUCUCGCUCUCCGAGAGAAACAGCUUCAAGAACUUGCUGAAGCCAUGAGAGAUCUCUCUCCUGAAGAGGCGCUUGUCCAGCAAUACACCGAGCUGGCCGAGAAGGCAGCAGCCGAUGCGCAGAAGUUCCGACAGACCAAGGUUGCCGAGAUGCAGGGAGAGCUGGACCGCAUCAAGGCGGAGAAGAAGAGGAGAGAUGAUGCUAGAAAAGCCAAGAUGGAGCAGGAAGUUGCUGCCUUGGAAGCGGAGCUGGAGAAUGACAGGAUCCGUGAGGAGGAGCGAGAGAGGAAGCGACAGCUGGAGAAGGAAAGAGCCAAGGAGAAGCAGAAGGAGGAGGCGGAGAGGCGUCUCCAGCAGGAGCUGAAACACAGCGAAGGCAAUGAAGCCGCCAAAGAGAAACUCCUCCAAGAGCACAACGAGAACAUGAAACGCUUUGAGGAGAACUUCCAGAAGGACCAGCAGAGGAACGCCGACAGGACCAAGGCUAGGCUGGAGGCCAGGAAGAAGAAGAAGCAGGAGCAGGAGAUGGCCCGCAUCCAAGGAGAGAUAAGGAACCAGAGUGAUGUAGAUGAGAGGAGGACGCAGGAUCAGAUGAAUCUCAUUCAACAGAAAGGUGCGUCCGAGCUGAACCAGAACAGCGUAAACGCCUGGCGUCCCGAGACCCCUGGCGACUGGGCUCAGAGGAUAGAGGACGGGUUGAACGAGAAGCCUGAUCUCCCCGAGGGUGUCAACCAGGCCAUGUACUCUGCUCUCAUGGCUUCACCGUUUUUCACUGAUCUAAAAGAGAUUGAGGAGAUGCUCAAGGAUACCCUAGGAUUCAAGGACGGUGUCAAAGGUGCUAUUAAUGAUGCAUUCAUCGACCUGAAGGAUGCGCAAUGGAUUCUGGGUAGUGAAAUCACCCCUCUAGACAUCGACAGCAUCUCACCGAGCCAAUUCGUCGUCUACCGCUUCGGAGUCUUCGUCACUCGCCUCCUCCGCCUGACGCUACGCAUGCCCGAGGUGACGCUUCUCCUGGCGUCGUCGCUUCCGCAGAACGACUACAAACGCAACAUGUUCAGGCACUCAUUCUUCUACCAGCACGCUAAGAAGAUCUUGUUCGUGCGUCACGAGAGGCUGGAUUCUGUCGGAGAGUUUGUGAUGGUCAUCGUGCAUUGUCUGGCUCAUAUCAAGGUCAACGACCUCACGGACGACACCAACCCAUAUUUCCUAAGAGAAUUCUUCAAGGGAAUGAAAAUGAUUUGCCAAGACAUGUUCUUCUCCCGGGCCAAGAUCACCCAGGGUGCCCGGGCUCUCGUAGGAGGCAUGAUGCCUAAAGGAAAGCGCCCUCUGGAGGCACUGCUCAAACAGGGCAAGGGAGGCAACGAGAAGGCUGCUGUCGUCACAGAGCUCAUUGAUACCAGGGUCAAGCACACCGACAAGGAUGACUUCACAAAGGAGAACAUCAAGGAGCGCAUCACCGAGGAGCAGGAGGAGUCUUCCAAGGCAAGGCUGAGGGAAUACAUGGUGACACACGGAGGGUUCAAAUCAACCUCAGACUUUGUCGAGACGAGACUCAAAGAACUCAGAGGGACCAAGACGCAAGGAGACGAUGGGAGAAGACCUACCAUCCAAAUCACGGGAACAUCGAGUCUGAAGAGCCAACGUGAGCUCAUCGACUUACAGAUCAAUCAGACCAACACUCACCUAGACCAACUCAACAGCCAGCUGGCCAAGACGAUGCUGGAUCUCCAGGCCGCCCGGGAAGGCAUCAAGCGAGCCGAGGAAGGCCCCCAGGCAGCCAGCGAAGGCGAGAAGGCUGCGGACGUCCUCCGCAUGCAGGCGUCGGCGCUGGACAUGAAGAUCACCAACCUGACGAAGAAGAUCGAUCAGGUGGAGGCGGAGCUUGCGAAGAAACGCAAGGAGAAGGAAGCAGCUUCGUAAUUGAGUCAACGGCGCUACCCUCCAGCGGGGCCCGCAGGCUUUGUUGCUUGAUGAACUUUCUCUAAUCAUCGCUUCUCAAUUGCUCUUAUUGAUAGUUAAUCAUCACUUAAAAACAUCUUACAAUUCAGUGUUGAAUGUUUUCAUUAUCCAGGAAGAUAGAGAACACUGCAUUGUAUUUGACUUCAACAAUAUUUGCAGAUAUUUGUCUCCUGUCUGCAUUCACCUUAACUUGAUGAAAGCCUUAUUUUUUUUACCACAAAAUCAAUUGCAUUUUUGUACUUCAAAGUGCCAGUCCUAUUUGACAAAAAGAUUAUGGCAUUUAUAAUACAUCAUAAUUUUGAUGUUACUAGUUUUUUCCUGAUGUUUCAUUCACCAGUGUGUGAAAACAAUUGUCUCUACAAAACUCACACAUGUACAUACUUUUUUCAGCACAUAUAUUCUAAUUCACAUGGUGAAUUAUGAAUUAUGGAUCAUGAUCCUAAUUUGUAUGUUCGAUCAAUGAUUAAGUAUUUGAUUGAAAUAAUACCUAUUGACCAAAUUUUGUAUUUCCAUUGAUCAACGUCUCUUGGUGCCUUUUUAAAUGUGUAUACCAUUCAUUCCUGUAUAUCUCCCGUCCUUUUUUACCGUUUGUGUGAUACUGUGACGUCCAGAUUAUCUUUAUUUAUCACAAAGAACAAAGGAUAUACCUAGUAAUUAAUAUUUUCACAAAAGAACACAGCUAUGUGAGAUUUGUAUAUAUUUAAAUCAUUUGUGCAAAGAAUAUAAUGAUAUCAACUUAGUAUAUAUUUUAUAUGUAGAUAUUUUGUGUGUGUUUGUAGUGAAAAUUUUGUGCAGUUUGUUAAAAAAUAGACUCAUAUUUAUAUCUUCUUUAAAAACUUUAUGAAGAGUUAGGUGAAAAAUAUGUUUGUGUUUGUGUCAAAUAGAAUAAGUGGUAGAGAACCGUUAUUCACAUUGGAGAAUGAUGCACCAAUCUGUAGUUAUAUUAUUUCUUGGUAUUUGCAAAACAGUUUUGUCGAAUAAAAGAAAGAAUGAGAAAACUUCUCAACAGAUCUACAUGUAAAAUUAUUGUAGCACAUUUGCAGACUCAUUUUGUUAGAAAUAUAUCGAUUUUUUUUAGUCAGUUAGUACCUGGUAUGCGUGUGUGUGAUAUUGAAUGCAUGUAGAGUAAGACGAUAUUGUGAAAUUUUCUUCUUUGCAUUUCCCACCUAUUCAAAAAAGUAUGGAGAUUAUCUGCUCACAGAAUUUAUGACUUUUAAACAGCUGUUGAGAAAUUUCGCUCUAGUGCCCACACGCUCAGCUAGUCAAAUUCUUUUGAAAUAUUUAUGCCAUGAAGUAUAAGUUGUGAGGGAAAAUUGCUGUGGCUGGCAUAGAUGGUCAGGUAUUUAUAUUUAAUCUUGGUUUGGUUAGUUUAUUUUUAGCUUUUCAUCUGAUGCCCUGAUAUUUCCGUCCAGAGUUUGUUAUCAGUUUUUAGUUCAGAAAAAAAAGGGGGAUGUAAUUUUUGUAUUAACUCAUCCAAUCAUGGAUGUCCAAUCAUAAAAUCAAAUUGUUGAGAUGUACAUGUACCUGUACCAAGUCUAAAAUUGUUGUUCAAUAAUUUUAAUGAUUUAUUAAGUAAUAAUUUAGCAAUAUUAAAUGUCAUUAUGGGAUCAUUUAGAUGAAAUACAAUCAUAUGACAGAUGCAAAGCUCAUGUAUGUACUUGUUCAUUUAUUCAAAUGGAGAUUAAAGAAAAUGUGAAAUAAUAGCCCAGUAUCAAUUGUUAUCAUGGGAUCAUUUAUGAUAAAAUAAUGUCACAAAUUCACAGCUCAAAUAUGCACUUAUAUUCUAUUCUGUAAUUAAUCAGUGUUGAUCGGAAUUCAUAUUUCAAUAUUGAUCGAUUUAAUCAUGUCUGAUACUCAGAAGCAAUAAGAGAAUCACCUCAUUUAAUAUAAUUAAUGUAAUAUGAAUCAUGUGUCUUAUUAAAGAUGAGAUCUGAUCUAAUUCGCAAAGUAAUCUCUCUGCAAGGAACAAUUUCCAGAAAAUGAAAAAUCACCUUGAACUGACCAAAUUGGCCAAACAUUGGAUAUAAAUCAAUCACCUUGAAUGUUAAUUCCACUGCAUUUUACAAUAACAAAUGAAUAAUUUAUACAUUGUCUUUCAAAUUUACUAUAUUCUUUUUAUGAUUUCAAAUGAUUUGUGUAUCACUUGUGCGAUGUUCUGUCGUUAUUUGGAGAUGAAACGAAAAGAAAACCACCAUAUUUACUUCCAAGUAUGUUUAUCUAUGUAUGGCGAUGUGGAAAGGAGAAUGAAAUGAAGUUGUAUUUGAAUUCAAUCUAUUCCUUUUCUGUGUGCCGAACAUUGAAGGAAAUGUUGUAUUCUGUCGAGUGUUUUGUGAAACAAAUGGUCGGUUUCACUGACAAAUUUGCUCUUAGCCAAUCAGGAACAAGCAUUUUGGUAGCUUAUAACAACAGUCAGUGAAAAGCAAAGACUUAUUGUUUCAUGAAACGCUCCCCUCUAUGUGUAAUGAACUUUUUUUUUAAAUUCUUCCAAUUUGUGUUUGAUUGUUGUAUACACCUUGAUCAAAUUUAAUAUCACUUUUUUUCUAUGCAUUCCAUGAUUUUACUUGUAGAGCUGUAUAUUAGAAAUAAUAUGAAUAUUUGUAUAUUUUACGAUUCAUUGGAAUUACUCAGAAAUGUAUUAUAUUUGAAAUUCAAAGAACAAAUCUAUACAGAAUCUAUGUAUUCAGAAAAGUCUGUCGAUAAUUAUCGUGUUUAUCUGCAUAUUUUUGAAAAAUUUUGUAUGAUAUGAGUGCAUUUUCCGUCCUAUUUCAUGUACCUUGUUUUGUUUGUUUUUUUCUUGAAAAUAAAUAAAAGCAUCUGUAAUAUACAACUGUA